AUGACAGAUUUUACAAAUAUAUUAUUACGUGAUUUAACACAAUUAUUAGAAAAAGUUUCUUCAUCUACAGAUUUAACUUCUUUGGAUAUUUCUAAAUGGCAACCUGAACAUUUAUCUACUUUAAAAUCAACAAUACAACAAUGUAUCCCUUUGGUUCGAAUAUUUCAAAUUUCUUCAAAUGAUUUUCAUAGUAAAGUAAUGCCAUAUAAAGAUAUUAUACCUAAAGCUUUAUUCGACGAUGUAAUGAGAUAUCAUAUGGUACCGGAUUGUCCACGACCUAUCUCAUUAAUGCCUUCUAGACGUGGAGGAAUUGAAUCUAAUUUAUUACGUGCUAGACAUGCUGCUUUAAUUUCUAGUUGGAUUGAUAGAAAUGACAUAAAUGCUUUUUACAAUACUACUAAUAUCAAAGCAGCUGUACUUUCAAGAGUUCAAGAACCAUCGAGAGCUGUGCUUUGUUCACAAGCUAUUGGGGCAUGCUUUGGAAGUGGUGAUCUGGUUAUGGGUGGAACCCAUUCCAAUUUUAAUGUUGAAUUAGGUUGUUCAUGUAAGCGACAAUCAUAUGAGAGACCCUUGAUGAUUACAAAUCAUGAUAGGUUUAGUGUCGAUGAAUAUGAGAAGAAUUUCGUAUAA